AUGUCAACUAAAGAUUGGGCAGACGCGGAUUCGGACCAAGACGAAGACGACAACGAUCUCCGCAAGAGACUUGGUGGGAUGGCUCCUCCUGAUACUUCAAACGCAGACAACUCUGCUCGCGAAUCUUCCCCCGGCGUGGCCUCCCUCGCAUCUCGUAUCGGCGGCCUCUCCACCGACGCCCCAGUUGCCCCCAAGGAACGCCCAAAGCCCAACACUGCCAACCCUCUCUUUGGCAAGGCUCUCGCUAGCGUCAAGGACCGCGUACCUUCCUCCAGCGCCCCCGCCUUCCCAGCAAAGGAGAACGAGGACGAACCAAAGCCUGCGGAAGUAGCACCCGACCAGCCCACGGGUGAAAGGAAGGCAGAGAUGGACGACGGCUGGGGCAACCCCUCAGACUCUGUCGCCGGCGACUCGGUCGACAUGAACGAUGACGUGUCGGGCCUCAUCUCCAACGACUUCCAGGUUGAGGUCAAGCUUGCCGACCAGCAGGCCGACCCCAACUCGCCACUCUACUCGGUCAAGAAUUUCGAGGAGCUUCCUCUUCACCCCGAUCUGCUCAAGGGAAUCUACGGCGCUGGCUUCCAGAAGCCCUCCAAGAUUCAGGAGAAGGCGCUGCCGAUGCUCCUCGCGAAUCCCGCGACCAACCUCAUCGGGCAGUCGCAGUCGGGUACAGGCAAGACUGCCGCCUUCGCACUCAACAUGCUCUCGCGUGUGGACCCAGCCGUUCUGACUCCCCAGGCCAUCUGCCUGGCACCGUCUCGAGAGCUCGCGCGCCAGAUCCAGUCUGUCAUUAACAAGCUCGGCCAGUUCACCGACAUCAAGACCUUCCUCGCUGUCCCCAAGUCUUGGCGCCGCGGCAACCGUCUUACCGAGCAGAUCUUAAUCGGCACCCCGGGUACCCUCGUUGACAUGAUCGGUUCGCGCGUCUUCGACCCCAAGCAGAUCCGUGUCUUUGUUCUUGACGAGGCCGAUGAGAUGAUUCAGCUCCAGGGUCUCGGUGACCAGACUUUCCGCAUCAAGAAGGUACUCCCGCCUGAGAUCCAGAACGUGCUGUUUUCGGCCACGUUCCCGGACGAGGUCCAGGAGUUCGCGCAGCUCUUCGCACCCAGCGCCAACCAGAUCUACCUCAAGAAGGAGGACAUCACGGUAGACGCUAUCACCCAGCUCAAGCUGGAGUGCGAGAACGAGCACGCCAAGUUUGACGCCUUAUCGGCCCUUUACGACGUCAUGUCGAUCGGCCAGAGCAUCGUCUUCUGCAAGCGCAAGGUGACUGCGGACGAGAUUACCCAGCGCCUCGUCUCUGAGGGCCACUCGGUCGCCUCCCUGCACGGCGACAAGGACCAUGCUGAGCGCGACAAGGUCCUCGACGGGUUCCGCGACGGCAAGACGAAGGUCCUUAUUACCACCAAUGUCGUCGCCCGUGGCAUUGACAUCCAGCAGGUCAACAUGGUGGUCAACUACGACGUCCCCGACCUGGGCCCUGAGGGUAACUGGGAGCCUGACAUCGAGACGUACAUCCAUCGUAUCGGCCGCACGGGUCGCUUUGGUCGCAAGGGCCUCGCCGUCACCUUCAUCCACGACGCCCGCUCCAAGAGAGACAUCGAGACGAUCCAGAACAGACUCGGCAAGCCGAUGAAGCGCAUCAGUGUCGACAAGGACCUCGACCAGCUGGAGAAGGCCCUCAAGGCUGCUACCAAAGCGCCGCCUGCGUCGAGCUAA